AUGUCAAACCAUCUUUUUCAGUCUUCCCAAGUAGAUUCAUUUUCUCAGUCUCAACUGCCAGCUCAAGAGAGCAAUCAUCUGGGAUCCAGCAAAGUCUUCCGUCAGAAAUUCAAUAGCAGUGUCAGUUCACUCCCUCAUCUGGAAGGCCAAACGAAGAACAAUUUCAUUGUAAAUGCCACCAGACCUCAUCCACAAGACAGCAGCCUUCCUCACAUAACAAAGAACCUGUCGAAUGUGAACCUAUUGCUUCAGGAAAACAGAUCUCGAGGCCAGCCACAUGUUUCCAGAUUUAACCUUGCAGAAAACCUGCCUGAAGGUGCUACUAGAGUCCAGCCCAAUGGGCCUGAAAUAGAAGGAACCAACACCAGUCUCAAGUUGCCUCUGACAGCUCCAGAAGCCUUGAAAUAUUUUAGAAACCAAUUAACAGUUUAUGAGCAAGAAGAAAUUCUCAACUAUGCAGAGCUGUGGUUUCUUGGGCUGGAAGCUAAAAAGAUUGAAGGGUUACCUGAAACACAGAAUAAUAAUUGUUAUGAUGACGAACACGGCACUUACAUAAAGGUCCUACAUGACCAUAUCGCAUACCGCUACGAAGUGCUAGAGGUCAUUGGGAAAGGGUCAUUUGGACAAGUAGCAAAAUGUUUGGAUCAUAAAACCAAUGAACUAGUGGCAGUGAAAAUAAUAAGGAACAAGAAAAGAUUUCACAAUCAGGCUUUGGUAGAAGUGAAGAUUCUCGAUGCUCUUCGGAAGAAGGACAAAGACAAUACUCACAAUGUUGUCCAUAUGAAGGAAUGCUUUUACUUUCGCAAUCACUUCUGCAUUUCUUUUGAACUGCUAGGAAUAAAUUUGUAUCAGUUGAUCAAAAAGAACAAGUUCCAAGGUUUUAGUUUGUCUUUGAUUCGACGAUUCACUCAGUGUGUGCUGAGAUGUUUACAAAUGCUCUACCGGGAAAAAAUUAUCCACUGUGACUUGAAACCUGAGAACAUAUUGCUAUACCACAAAGGUCAAAAUUCAGUUAAAGUUAUUGACUUUGGAUCAAGCUGCUAUGAACACCAAAGAGUGUAUACGUAUGUUCAGAGCCGAUUUUAUCGCUCCCCCGAAGUGAUUCUUGGUCACCCAUAUGCUACUCCUAUUGAUAUGUGGAGCCUGGGAUGCAUCAUGGCUGAACUUUACACAGGCUAUCCCCUUUUUCCAGGAGAGAAUGAAGUAGAGCAACUUGCCUGCAUCAUGGAGAUAUUGGGUCUUCCGCCAGCUGAUUUUAUUCAGACUGCAUCAAGAAGACGAACAUUCUUUGAUUCCAGAGGUUUUCCUAGAACUAUAACAAACAGCAGGGGGAAAAAAAGACACCCAGACUCCAAGGAUCUAAGUACAGUAUUAAAAACCCAUGAUGCCGCUUUCCUGGAUUUUCUGAGAGGCUGCCUAAUGUGGGAACCUGCCCUUCGUAUGACUCCAGAUGAAGCAAUGCAGCACGUAUGGAUCCAGGAACCAAGAAUACAUAAAUCAAAACAAAAUCCUGACUCUGCAAGUGAAAGCUCUUUCUUCACACUAGAGAAGAAGCAGAAUGUACAUAAACACACACUGCCUGGACAAGGAGAAGAAAACACCUGUCAAGAUAUGGUUGAUAAAGCAAAAUGUGAAAUGACUGAAAAUCCUACUGCUGCAAGUGAAAGACUAACUCUCAAUGCAUCUUCCUCAGACACAAUGGAAAAUAAAGUGCAGAACACAACCAAACAGGUUAUUCCAGAGGAAGAUCUGGAAAACUCAGUGGAAAAAGCUAUCAAAAGAGACAAAGCAGGACACAGCAGUGAAACAGCUCUUCACAAAAAUUCAAUGUUCUUACCACCAAUUAAGUAACAUUCUGCACAGGCAGCUACUGGUCUGGUUUCUAUACCUGCCUAGUAUGUUUUGUAGGUAACCAUUUAACUGUACAAUAUUCAAGAACAUCAUUUUAAAUUGUAACUCUCCACACAUGGGCUGUGCACAUUUGUAGACAUUUUUAACCUAGAUUAGUCCAGGUAACCAAAGCAGAAUGUGCAUUGAACG